AACGGGCAACGUUGGAACGGGAGUCGGUUGGUCUCAGUCGAGUCGGUUGCUCUGUGGUGACGUGGUGUGUGUCCCUUUGCUCCUUCCCUUCUGCCGCUCCGCCGCAGAAUGGCCCACAAACAGAUCUACUAUUCGGAUAAGUACUUCGACGAGCACUACGAGUAUCGGCAUGUUAUGUUGCCCAGAGAACUUUCCAAACAAGUACCCAAAACCCAUCUGAUGUCUGAAGAGGAGUGGAGGAGACUUGGCGUCCAGCAGAGUCUAGGCUGGGUUCACUACAUGAUUCACGAACCAGAACCACAUAUUCUUCUCUUCAGGCGACCUCUUCCAAAAGAUCAACAAAAAUGAAGUAUAGGAGACAAUCAGUUAAAUCUUUUCCAAAUUUAAUGUAUAUGUGUAUAUAAGGUAGUAUUCAGUGAAUACUUGAGAAAAUUGUACAAAUUGUUCAUCCAUACCUGCGCAUGAGCUGUAUUCUUCACAGCAACAGAGCUCAGUUAAAUGCAACUGCAAGUAGUUCCUGCAAGAUGUUUAAAACAAAAUUUCUUCUAGUCUGUUUUUCUCUCUUAAUAUUUAGUACCUGUUUGACUUUACCUGUUAUGUUUUGUUAAAUAAAGUUUGUAUGUUGCAUUUAUCAUCAAA